AUGGAGAUGCUUAUUUUGACGGAAGGAAUCUUCACAGUCUUACUGAGAAUCUUUACUUAUUUCUUUACCCGAUUUUCCUCUUACGGCAUCCUGGUUCUCCGAAAAGAAAAGGCCUUCACUCAAGCCCGCCUACCGAGCAACUCUCCUCGAGCAGCGGAGGCUAACUUCAAUCUGCGCGAACUAAUUACGACCUUAAAGAACAGGCGAAUCUGCUUUUCCUCUUUUGCUGGGCCUUCUUUACUGUCGGCACAACGGGACUCCCAUUCUACCAACCAACCGUCAUUUCCAAUCUUGGAUUUACGCGAGUUAUUCCAACCUGAAAACAGUAAAUUUGCUAACAAAGGCCAAAGGUCUAUGGGUGAAACCCAGCUACUAAACAUUCCAUCCGCGGUCUUCGCGGUAAUAUUGAUAGUCGCAUUCGGUAUCUUCGCAGAUACCGGGGGUAUCCCUCGACUAGCCAUCCCACUUGGAUUCAUGACUGUGAUUCUGGCGUGUUACGGCGUGCUGUAUGCCUUCCCAAACAAUGGUGGUGUAUAUGCCGCGACGAUUAUCGUCGGAGGUUUCUCGACUGCGUGGUAA